AUGCACCGCUGGUUUGCUCGCCUCACUCUGCGUCUCCAAGGUGGAGUUGUGGCACCUCGGGCAGCCCUGUAUGUGCAGCGCCAGCAGCAACGCCGACAUGAGGCUCAAUCCCUCCCACACGAUUGUGUACUCAUCUUCAAUGAGUCGCCGUCGUUGGGCCAAUUUGAUAAAGUAAAGUCACCAUCACGGCGAUCGCUGACGCAACAACCUGCCUGUGCUGCAAAUGCGGGUAAGCAGACGCUCUUUGUGGUAGUUCUUUUGUUGAUGCUUGUCAAACUCUCUCAGGCCGACAGGCAGCGCCAGUCGGUAGUUGUGCCCGACAACGCGACUGUUGCUGCCCUCAAGCGGGCCGUUGCGCGUCAGCAGAACAUCCCCAUCUCCGAACAAACGCUCACCUUCAACGGCCUUGUCCUUGAAGAUAAAAAAUUUCUCUCCGACUAUGGAAUUUCUGACGGCUGCUCUGUUCAACUUUACCUCCGCCUGGGUUUCAAGCCUACCUUCAGAUUAACCGUCUCACUCCCGUCGAAAAGCGAAAUAACUCUAGAUGUGUCUGGUGACGAGUCUGUUGGUGAAAUUAAAAAGCGCCUUGGAAAGAAAACUGGACUAGGAGUGAAUGCCGCGGAACUCAUCUACGAUCAUUGGGUACUCGAAAACGACCGAAAGCUGAUAGACUAUGGCAUCGUAAGGGACUCUUCCAUUUUAUUGGCACACGAGUUAACUACUGAAUCAAGCCUAAAUAUUCGAACUUCGAAACAUUCUAAACGCCAAAUUUCUGGGUCCACUGAUUCCUCUAAGAAGCCUCAUCGGAAUCGGCAGUCAAGCUCAAGCAGUGACGACGAUGACUCCGAGGAGAGUGGAAGGAAUGACUUGAUAACUGUCAUUUUCUUGCCUAAAAGUGAUCCCCCAAUCGCUCUAAGAGUCCACCCCCAAACUGAAAUCGGAGCGGUGCGUGAAAAACUUGCCCAGAUGCUUUCAGUUCCCGCGAGCUGGCUGUGGUUCGUGCGAGAAGGGAAACCCUUGGAUUUAUCAAAAUCAUUUGCUCACUAUGGAAUCAUGAACGGUGAAUCGGUUUGCCUUCUAUCAGAAGGCAACGGCGAAAGUAAGAAACGUCAGUGGCAUCCUUCGAAAGAUGAUGCUGAUGAUUCAAAGAUUCGGAUUAUUGUCCAAUCGAAAAAUGGCCAGACUUUUGCCUGUCGCGUUCGAAAAACCACGAGGAUAGACGCCCUCAGACGUCAAUUAGAAAGAGCGAUCGGUGCGCCUCGAAGUAGAACAGAACUAUUUCAUGAGCAAAAACGUCUUGACAACAAUGCCAUGGUGAAAGAUUACGGUCUUGCUAAUGGAUCUUUUGUUUAUUUACGGUACUAA